AUGAACUCUAAAAGACUUCUCUCUGCACCUAUUUGGUAUAAAAUCGAAGGUCAUCACGCAAAUAAAAUGAUUAAAGAGCUUCCUGAGGAUGAUUUUAUUGACUUUUUUGAUGCAGUCAGAAUAGAAAAAAGACUUCCAAUUAGUAAAUCGACACUGAAUUUACAUGUUAAAAAAGAAAUUAUUUUAUAUACCCUAAAUGAAACAAUAUUUAUUCAUGAUUGUCAAGGUUAUUUUUCUAAACUUAUCAAUAUAUUUAAGAUCAAUAAACAAAACCUCAUUGAAGUGAUGCUUCCAGAUGAAUAUCAAGUAUCAGCCCCUUCAACUAGUUCUCAAGAUUCUCAAGCUGAGAAAAUUGAUAUAACAUACAAGUCUCAUUCUUCAUAG